AUGACAACUGCAAGUAAGAAUGCAAAUAAGGUUUCAAUGGCGGAUAAAUAUAAGGAGUCAAAUACACAUUUUAUCCUAACAUAAUUUUAAACUAUUUUAGUUGCUGUGUUUGUGACUGGGAUGAUGCAACUCUCCAAUCAUUUAUCAAUAUAUCUUAUUUACUAUUGCCCUAUCUACUUUCUUUUGAUGGCUUUAUAUUAUUUUAUUUGGUGGAGAAAUAACUAAAUUUAUUCUCCCUGCUUUAACCUUUAUAAUUUUUUCUUAUUUGUAAUUUGUUUAUCUGUAUUUUAUGGAGUCUUCUUUGGUGUAUUUCAUAACACUGCUAAGAUAGAGUUUUAAAAAGCACAAAAUUGCUAAAUAAUUGGUUAAUACAAAGCAAAAACUGGGUAUGAAAAUUACUCGCUACUUUAUGUUAACUUUGAAUAUGAAGGUUAAUAAUAUUUGGGACAAGCUUGUGCUUCAGAUUAAAACUAAGGGAAGAUAGCACAAUCCAUUUAACCUUAUGUAUUUUUCUAGAAAUAAAGAAGUUGCAUGAAUAAUUCAACAAUCUAUGGAGAUGAAGUUGCUCAAACUGCCGUAAAUUACUUUGUACCUAGUUUACUUCAGUUAAAAUUGCUAGCUGGAUAUGCAUUCCAUAGUAUUAUGAUUUAGAUAAAUAUUCUUAGCCUCAAACUUGCUAUAUUAAUUUUUAUGGAGGAAGUGAUUCCUAAAUAAAUAGCCUUAACAGAUUGA